AUGGCGACUCUUCCCCUUCUUCGCCCAUGCUGCUUCCUUCCCACACCCACCCUCAAAACCUCACUCCCCAGACCCACACUCUUCCUCCCUCUCAAACCCAAAAACGGCGCCGUCGGGGCGCGCAUGUCGAACACAUCUCCUCCGCCAACGGAGCGCCUCAUCUCCAUCGCCGCUUACACUCUCCCAUUCUUCAACUCCCUUCAAUACGGACGCUAUCUCCUGGCGCAGUACCCUAAGCUCGCCGUCGUCUUCGAUCCCAUCAUUCCCUUCCUUGCCUUCUACAGAUCCAUUCCCUACGCCUCCUUCGUCGCCUUCUUCGCCCUCUACCUAGGCGUCGUCCGAAACCCUACCUUCCCCCGCUACGUCAGAUUCAACGCCAUGCAAGCCGUGACCCUCGACGUUCUCCUCGUUAUCCCUCUCCUCAUCACGCGCAUCUUCUCCCCCGGUCGCGGGCCCCUCAUAAUCUGGUCCAACAACGCCAUCUUCGUCUUCAGCAUUCUCUGCUUCCUCUACGGCGUUGCUUCGUGUGUCUUGGGACGCACGCCGCAUUUGCCCUUCGUCGCCGAUGCUGCUUCCAGGCAAAUCUGA